CCGCAGCACAGUCUGCAGACAGUACACAAGUAUUACUCACUACUUGCUAAACCCGGAACAGCAAGAUGACUGGCAAGAUGGAAUACUUAACUUUCUUCAAUGGACACAAAAUGCCCAUUCUAGGGCUUGGAACAGCACAUGCACUGGGAGAUGAUAUAGAGAAGGCGAUAGAUGCAGCACUGGAGAUUGGGUACAGACACAUAGAUACAGCCCAGAGGUAUAACAAUGAAGCCCAAAUUGGGAGGGCACUGAAGAAAUGGCUCGAUUCUGGAAAAAUCAAGAGAGAAGAUCUUUUUAUUGUGACAAAGCUGCCAUUGACAGGAAACCGAGCAGAAUGUGUGGAGAAGCACCUCAAGCAGUCACUGCACGACCUGCAGCUAGACUAUGUUGACUUGUACCUCAUACACCACCCUGUUGGUUUCCAAGAUUUGGAUCCAAAGGAUAAUGGAGAAGAAAUGUUGCUCGAUAUGAAUACUGACCAUGUUAGCUUGUGGAAGGCAAUGGAGGAUCAGGUGGAUGCGGGGCGUGCACGGUCUAUCGGGCUGUCCAACUUCAACGCGAGGCAGGUGAAGCGUGUCUGGCGGUCGGCGCGCAUCAAGCCUGCCAACCUGCAGGUGGAACUGCACGUCUACUUCCAGCAGAGCGAGCUGCGCGCCUUCUGUCGGGCCCUCGACAUCACCAUCUGUGGCUACAUCCCACUGGGGGCACCAGGUGUGCGGCCUCCUGGCCGUGCGGCCAUCACUGUGGAUGCUAGCAAAAUGCCAAAGCGAGACCAGAUGACUAAUCCAGUGGUUUCACAAAUCGCACAGAAGCACGGGAAGACAAAUGCCCAGGUGCUGUUGCGCUACAUCAUACAACUCGGCGUGGCGGCCAUACCCAAGAGCACCAACCCGGACCGCCUCCGGCAGAACUUUGAUGUGUUCGACUUUGAGCUGUCUGCGGAAGACAUGGACACACUGGAGCAGCUGGAUAAGGGACCAGCUGGACGGCAAGUCCGAGCCUUCAUUCCAGAAAUGGCAAACCAUCCAGAAUACCCAUUCAAUGCGCACUACUAGUUCAGAGAGAACAGCAUGAUUGACACGCAUGCAAGGACAUCUCUCUUCUGAAGAUUCUGGACCUGUCUGAGGUAAAGUGUGCAAGAAGGAAAAUUGCUCUGAAUCAUUAAUUGUAGUUACAACAAGAAAGGAAGAAAAAGUGCCACUGUUUCUGUGUCAUUAAAGAAACUGUAGUGAGUGACCCUUUUUCUGAAUUUCCUAAAAACCUCAUCCUUUCAAUCUGAGUUCAAGCAGCAGUUUCAUCUAGUAACAUGUCUAACAAAAUACAAAUAUAUACUAAGACAAAAAAUUGCUAUGAUUACACGUUAGUUCUCAUCAUCAUCAUGCAGCAAGAUCGAGACCAUAUUUGUAAAUUAUGACAAAGAAUUAAAUGUACAGCUCAGAACCUCAUAUUGUACGUGUUCCAAAAAUAAUCAUCCUGUGUCAUAAGACUGUAUCUUCUAUGUGAAUGUAGUUACAAAGUUGGAGUGUAUUUUUGCUUACACAUUAUUAUCUUCUUGAUCACUUAUAAGGUGUAAAUUUAAAUAUCGUUUCAGGCAUAGCACUGUACUCUAAAUAAAGAAAGAGUUGCCUGCAAAAGACACGAAAAUAGUUCUUAAAGUGGCAAAGAGUUCACUACUGUGUUGAUACCUAUCUUGAUGCAUAUGAUUCUUCAUCAAGCUGUUAAGUCAUUCUCAUUCA